AUGAAUCUACACCUCCCUCUAUCUCUUGCAGCUCUCAGCAAGUUCCGUCCUUCUGCUAUCUCACCCAGACCACAUUCUGUCAUCCACUGCCAGGAAUGUCACGCGCUGCUUUCCCUUGUCUCUCUCUUUCUUCCUCUAUUCGACCCAGGCACAUUUUCUUUGGUCGUACCUCUCUCUCUCUCUCUCUCUCUCUCUCUCUCUCUCUAUCUAUCUAUCUAUCUAUCUAUCUCAUAUUCCAUUGUUAAAAAUCCUUUUACUUUAUCUCUGUCUGUCUCUCUCCUUGAUUUUUUCUUCGUUCGUAUUUCCACCGCGUGCCCCUCGGCGUGUUAUUGCAUAAUCCAAGAAAACACGUGGUUCAAAUCUCCGUUAGGUCAGUUCUUUAAAAUUGCCUUCACGAAGACAUGUUAUCGUAAUGAAGGCCUUUCGUUAAGUUGGCCGGGAGAUUUAAUUCUUCUCCCACUUCAUGCAUCGUCCGGGACACUGCAUAACGUCAUCCGUUUUUCACAAUCAACAAGUGCCGAGCCUCUUUUCGCCAAGUGUGUUCCUAUUUUCCUGCUUGCCGUUUUCAAACGUAUCGUGACUCCUCCUGCUACUUUUCAUCGUUGCCGAUAUCAUAUCCAGGUUCCGCCUUGGCACUGA